AUGUCCAUUACAAGUCAGAAUGCAUUGAUUGGCACACGCCAUGUCAUAACGACUAUGCGUUUUCUCUACGAUGAAAGCUUCAGGGAGAUCAAAGGGGAUAUCGAUGCUCCAGCAAAUGAAGCGCACGCCAUUGGUGAAACCUAUUCGGAGACUAGACUCCUGUUAUAUUCGACCAUUGUCAUUUCCUUCACGGAAGCAUCAGAAUUCGAGCGACUUGUCAAGUCGCUUUAUCCAGAUCAGAUCAGAACACCUCGAGCUCUACUCGUCACUCCCACCUUAAAGCUAUCAAAUGGUGCGAUAACACUGCUAGCUCGAGGCUAUCCUCUCUGCCUAUUGUCAAGAACCAGCGCACGUGAGAUCGAUGACACGGUCCUAUUCGCUUACGAUCGAGAGCUGCUGCAAUUUGAGCAUCGUCUCACCACAAUUGGAGCGAUUGCCGAUUCGAUGGAGGGACACAUGCAAAUAUCAACGUUUCAGGUACGAUUGCAACAGAUGAUCGAGACACUGGCGAGCGAUGGAGCAAAAUUGCAGGGAUAA